AGCAUCGACUCGACUACCGCGCAGUGGAUUUUCUGAAGGCUGUGGUGCGGGCCGCAUGCCAACGCUACGUUCGACCUCGCACGACCCUAUUAAUACAAGACACAUCGUCUAUCACUCAUAGUCCACUCUGUAAUCCCAAACAUGCAGUUCCUCCUGUUGUGUGUGUGCCUUUCGGUGGCUGCGGCUCCUACCCUUUCAACGCCUAUCCCUGCUGACGGCUUCGUGUUCCCAGAUGCUGUGAGAAAUCAGCGAAAACUGGAACCGAUUACUCCACCCGUUCUACCGGUAUUAGAACAUUUGGAGCGAGAUCCAAGUACGCUGCUUCCUGGUGAAGGCACCAAACGAGUGUCCGGAACUCCGAGGCCUCGGUUUGGAUUUGGAGGCGGGUUCAACGUGGCUCCGACUGGGAACGGCGGUCUGUCUGCAAGUGUGAGCAGCAGUGCCAGUGGUGCCGGUAUCAGCCACUCGGCGUCUCAGUCGUUCUCGUUUGGAUUCAAUGAAGGUUUCAGCGCAUCGCACUCAGCGAGUCAAGCCUCGUCCUUUAAUGGAUUUGGAAGCUUCAGCGGCAGUCAGGCGAGCAGCCAGGCUGCGUCAUUCAGCGGAGCUGGUGGCUCCCUGUCGGGCUCAGCAGCCGCUGCAGCUGCGCAGGGCGGGAGCUUCGGCAGCCAGAGCACAUCCUCGGCUUUCGGCUUCAAUUCACUCAACGAUGGAUUUCCUCGACCACAAGCAUCCUUUGGCGAAAAUCUUCUUGAUAUAAGACACCGUGGCGUGCCCAACUUCCCCUUCCCCAAUCUGCUCGCUAGAAACAGGGGUUCCGGAGCGGCAGCUUUCAGAACUCUGAACGGACCCACCAGUAGGAACGGAGACGACUUCUUAGCUGUACUAGUUUCUAAUUAAAAUUACGAAUCGAAAUGUUUGAAAUGGAGAUAAGAACAAUAGCCAGUUACUGAUUGGCCUAUUUUGACAGAUAAAUUUAUGGAUCACUAGCCUUCGCGACUCCAUAAGCGUGGAAUUUAAAAAAAAAA